AUGGAGUCCGAAUACUUGAAAAAGCAGCUAGGAAAAUGCCUUGUGGAGGGCAUGGCAGAAGUGGCCGAGCAAAGACCAAUGGAUCCGAUCGAGUUCCUUGCCCAGUGGAUCUACAAAUAUAAAGAAAACCUGGACUAUGCGAAUGAGAGAAAUAGGUAUCAGAAGCAACUGGAGCUGGAGAUGAAGAGCGCUCGCGAUGAGGCCUUGCACCAGCAACAACUGAAGGAUGAGCAAGAGAGGAUCAGAGAGUCACAGACAAGACAAAAGGAGCCCACACAGAGUGUGGUUAUACUGACAGAGAUAAGACACAAACUGGAGAAAGUUCCCAAGAAUUCGGAGGGUCUUCCUCCUGAUGAGCUCAGCUGA